UACGUUCCGUUCCCGGGAAACUGACGCGGGGAUGCGAAGCGCGCGACGAUCCGCAACGGCUAGUCGGCGGGGAGGAUCGGGGAGGAUCGAGGGCGCCGCGACGCUUUCGAUCAGCGCACAGUCACAGUCGCGCGCGAGGCGCCGUCGCACACGAACGCUAUUCGGGAGCUCGCACGCUCGGUUCGAACACGCUUCCAAAGCCAGCGGCAGCUUUGAUAGACGACGCAGUUAAGAAAAGGAACCGACGACUCCGAGAACGCGGGUUCAAAAUCUGAUAGCCUGCAUUCGGUUCGCGGUGCAAACGCGAGAUCGUAAUUCGAAUCGUUGGAAAGAGAGAGAGAGAGAGAGCGAGAGGGGGGCGGGGAGGGGGGGAGAAAAACACUCCGAAGAGGAUCGGGGAUGAAAUAUUGGAGGGAAUCGGAUCGUAGUUUUUUAGUACCUGCAACACUUUUGUUAAACCAACCGAUUUAGACUGUGGAUCGAGAUUUAUGUAGGUUUGAAAAAUCGUGACUGGUUAUACGUACGUGCAGGUAUUUUCGGGAUAUUGAACGAUCAAAAAGGAAAAAGUGUGUUUCUAUGACGUGUGACGGUACCUUUGAAAUUUCUUCUGUACUCGGAGAAUCGAUUGGUAAACUUUAUCAAAUACUGUAUUAAUAUGUUGACGCGUUGAGAAGGCAACGUUGUUGUUCCAUUGUUAGAUUUGUUACGUGAACUUAACCGCAAGACGAACCAGCCGCAUUGUAAUCGUAAUUGAAAUAACGGCGAAGAGUAAUCGUAAUUCGGUUGUGUUUCGCUGUAGACUUGUGCGAGGGGGAAAGGCAGCGGGCUUUGAAUCGCCCGCCGAGCCGUAUACCCAUCCUCCCUCGGUGUUUUGGCGCCAAGUUUAAAUCCCCGUAUAAACGUUUGUAAUCGGGCGAGAGCGGGAAAAAACGCGGGCCGGUUCUAAAAGCAGAGAGAAUUGCAGAGCCGAUACGAAACGGGGUGAAAGUGUGUGGUGACAUUUGUUUUCUCUCGUUUUUUCCAACCGCCGACAAACAUGCCUGCGACGUCGGGACUGGAUUUUUGGGACAUCUAAAAUAAUAAGGGGAAUGGAUUUUCAGAGCGCUAUGGAGACCUUCGCCGAGGCAUGGGUGGCCGCUAAUACGAAACCUGAUCAAGUUCAGAGCCAGGCGUUAGCGUUGACGCACAAAGCUUCGCCUCCGUCGAGACCCUGCAGCGUUUCGUCAUUGCCGAAGAGCCCGCAGUCCCAUCAGUCCCGUCAGUCUCAGCCACACAACAUACCUCAGCCCUCGAUUGCUCACCAGUCCCAAACACCCCUGAGCACGCCGCAGACUCCGUUCUCGGCCCACAGCCAGCAUCCCAAACCGGAAGUCAAUGCCAGUCCGAAGCAGGAGGGUUUCGAUCUCAGCAAAAGCGCUACCGGCAAAAGUCUUCCGGUACACUGCGUCGUAGAAGCCAUUCAUAGCAUCGUCGAGAGUCGCGUCAGCAGUGGAAGAGAAAAUUGGCGACGCCCUCAGGUGGAGACAGACUCUUACGUAAUCAUUCCAGCGGCAACAGCUUUUCAGGAUCUGGUUGGCGUGGCAUUGGUGAGAUUGGGUUAUCCUGCUGAUCUGACGCCCAGUGCCCGCGGGAGCAUCGUGAUAAGGAACUGGAAGCCACUGCCCCUGGAAAAGGUGGCCGACGGACCGCUGCUGACUGUCGGCGACAUCCUCGCCGAAUUGACGACCGUCGCCACCCUCAGGAUACAAGUCUAUCGCUCCAGGCCGCCGCCCCCAAGCCCAGCGGCGGAAGUCAGGAGCAAGCUCUUGAGGCUUUUACUGCUUCACAGUCACGCGCUUCUCAUAUCCGCCGGCUGCCCCCUGGACGAGAUGACGCUCUCAUCCCUUUGCGGAGGCGGCAACGAUCUUUCCGAAGAAACGAGGCGGAGCUUCGAGUCUUGGCUUCAACAGCAGCAGCUUGGCCUCGGUUUGAACCCCAUGAUGCCGUCGGGUAACCACCACCCCCAGAGUCCGCAACCGGAAGUCGGACCACUGGGCCCCGGGGGCCCGAUCGGUCCGCCGCAUCCCGCGAUGAUGCCGUUUUCCCACAAAACGCGAAUGCGAACGAGCUUUGACCCCGAGCUUGAAUUGCCUCGGCUUCAGCGUUGGUUCGGCGAGAAUCAGCACCCCUCUCGCCAGCAGAUCCAGCACUACGUCUCUGAGCUUAAUUCUCUCGAGUCGAGGAGAGGCCGGAAACUCCUCGACGUCAACAACGUCGUCUACUGGUUCAAGAACGCCAGGGCUGCUCAGAAACGGGCCGAAACCAGGAGCGUCAACGGUUACAGUCCACCGGGACUCAGUCCUAGGGGUGCAAGCAUGGUCAGCGAGGACUGCAGCGACGAGGAGGACGACUCCAGACAUCAGUCGACUUCUCCGUCGCCUUGCCCGCCACCCAGCCCUCCGGUCGGCCCUUUGUCCUUGACGACGCGCCCGGAAGACCAGCAGCCGCCAUCUUCGACGCCGUCCUCGGUGAAGCAGGAGGACGCUAGGGCCUCCUCCGGGUCCGAAGACGAGGAGCCUCACCCGACGGGCCCCAUCCCCUCCGGCUUCCCCCUUGUCCCCAGCCCCAUGUUCGGGCACAGCAUAAUGUACAUGCACUACCUUCCUCCUCGGGGUCCCACCGGGUGCCCCGCAAGCCUCCUCGACGAGAGGAGGAAACGAAACAGGACUUUCAUCGAUCCCGUCACCGAGGUCCCAAGACUGGAGGGGUGGUUCACCCUCAACACUCACCCCAGCCACGCGCUGAUACUAAAAUACACGGAAGAAUUGAACCGGAUGCCGUACCGCCAGAAGUUUCCCCGUCUGGAGCCGAAGAAUGUACAAUUUUGGUUCAAGAAUCGCCGAGCCAAGUGUAAACGGUUGAAAAUGGCUCUGUUCGAGGGUGAAUCCCCGCAACCGCAUCCAUACCACGCCGAUUAGUUAAUUGGAUCAUUUUAAUCGUGUACUGUAUAUUACGAUAUUAUAUAUAAUAUGAAAAAACAAGAAGAAAAACAAUAUCAAAAAAAAAAAGAAAAAAAAAACAACACACUUUGUUGAUUCAUUUGUUAUUUCGUAAAUGUUGAUUAAUCGAUACGGAAAGAAGAAACUGAAAAUUUC